AUGAAGUAUUUAUUGUAAAUAUCAAGAAAUCUCUAACCUGAAAAUGCAUUUUUGAAUGCAACUCUAAACUUCCGAGAUUAGGAUGUUCAGAACAGUUUUAAAACUUUCCAGAAAAAGUUAAAUAAAUGCCCAAUGAUUUUCAUAGAAACCUUUAAAAUGUUUUUGGAAUUAGCUUUGACUAUUUCAGCAAUAUUUAAAGACAAUUAGUCUGUUGAAUCAUAAAUCCUGAUAGUUUUUCCAUUGUCAAGUCUGCUAUAGAUAUGGAGUAUUUAAAGGAACUCAACAUGUAAUGAUUAUUGGAAAAUCAUUCAUGUUGUAACAAUUUUGAUCUAUUUAAGUUUGUAUGUUGAUUAAUUCAUGAUUAACGGAUAUGUGUAAUUAUAUUAUAUGUAUGUUACUCAAAGUUUAAACAACAAGAAAUACCUAAUAUGUUACUUUACAAUAAUGUAAUUUACUUAUUUGUAUUUUGAUAAUAUUUUUGAUUGGAUCCUAUUACCUUUUGAAUGGAUAUUUAUUCUUGCAAUAUCCAUUAGUAUUUAUUUGAGAGAGAGAAGGAAAUUGAUCUGUUUUUUUGAGAAAUUUAAUUUCAGUCAUGAUCUUUCAUAUUAAGAGGUAGUGCUUAACCAUAGCCUACAAUAGAACUUGUUUGUUAUUAAGUUGAAUUCAGAUUAAAAUAUGCAAGAUUAAUUUGAAGUCCUAUUUGUCAAUUAGGCUUGUAACAAGGAGUUUGCUACUAUUGAAAGCAUUUACUAAAAAAUUAAUCAAAUUUAGAUUAUCAAUUGUAAUGAAUCCAAUAUUUCUUUAUGCAAUUUAAAAGUUAAUUUAACUCAAGAACUCAUUUUAAAUAAUUUAAAAGCAACAGGAGAGUAAAUCAAUAUGAUUGACAAUCCUUAGUCUUUAAAUUACAUUCUCUAUUAAUAUAUGAGUAACUCUUAAGACAAAGAACUUCAAGAAAGUCUGCCGUUAAAAUUAACGGGAUUAAUGUAUAAUAAUCAUCAUUAAACUUAUGAUAUUUUAGUAUCUCCAUGUAUUUGGAAAUACUAAAAGAGUUUUGUAGUGUCUUUGAUUGAAAUAACAGAUAGAAUCAAAAUAUCUUAGCUUGAAAAGCUAGAUCAAUAUAAAGACAGUGUUUUGGCUACUGUUAGUCAUGAUUUGAAGAAUCCAAUAGGUGUUGUUUAAUCUAUGAUAACUUUAGUAUAAGAUAAAAUACUUGAGAAAAUACAAUCUUGUUGCAACUAUUUAGAGAUGUGCUAAACAAACGUAUAAAUACUACAAUCCUUUGUUAAUGAUUUAUAAGAUUUCUCAUAAAUUAAAUAAUAGAAGUUAAAGCUAGCCAUUAGUGAGUUUGAUAUUUUAUAAUUGAUUCAAGAUGUAAAAAAUGUAUUUCGUAUAUAAACACAAAAGAAGAACCUACAGCUAGAGAUUGUCUCUAUACUAAAAUCUACUUAAAUUUUAAAUAAUGAUCCAUUGAGAAUAAAGUAAGUCCUCUUUAAUUUACUAUCAAAUGCCAUCAAAUUCACAUCAAAAGGAAAAAUAUCCAUUAUCUUUUCUGAUGAACCUAUGGAUAUUUGCAAAUUUUGCAUUAAUGUUAAGGAUUAAAUUAAUAUUAAUAAAUCAGUAGUUGAUGUUGAUCCUCUAAUUCGAAAUCAAUAAAGGUUAAUUCUAUGUACAGUUUAUGACAGCGGAAGUGGAAUCACCCAAGAAAUUUAAAGACGGCUUUUCAGAAACUUUGCCACUUAUGAUGAUGAUAACAACACAAACAAAAAUGGUGUUGGUUUGGGAUUGAUCAUCUGCAAGUAGCUGUGUGGGUACAUAGGACCUUUGUAGUACAUUUAUCUAGAAUCAUAAGUUGGAGUUGGUUCAACUUUUUAAUUCGUCAUUUAUAAAAAUUAUGAUAAAUAAUAGCAUCACUAAUAAUAAGAUUAGUUUAGUGUCGAUUCCAUAGAUUAUGAUGUAUCAGUGCAUUCUCCAUAUAAGAAUAUGAUUAGUACAAACCAACUUGCUCCAUUCCAUAAAAAAAUUAAUAAAAAAGAAAAAUUAUAAGUCUUAAUCGUAGAUGAUGAGUCGUUUAAUAAUAUGUUAUUAAAAAUAUAGUUAUCAAAAAUAGGAAUCUAUAAGGUAGAUACUGCUUUUGGAGGGCAAAUAGCAAUAGAUAUGGUUUUGAAACAGCGUUAUGACGUUGUAUUUUUAGAUUUCAAUAUGCCAGGAAUGAAUGGGUUAUAAUGCAUUAAUGAAAUCAAACGGAUAAGUCCAACUACUAAAAUCUAUAUGUUGACUGCUUUUAAUGAUAUGAAGACUCAACAAAAUUGCCUUAGCGCUGGUGCCGAUAAAAUUCUGUAAAAGCCACCAACCUCCUAAGAUCUUAAACUAUUGUUUAUUUGA